AUGCCGCACGCAGUAUCAGAUCCACCCUCUCCUUCUCAGGACGACGCCGCCAUGGCCGAGAACGCCUCCCCCAACACAAUCGAGGCCGAGUCGCCACCAACAGCCAAUGCCAACGUAGGCGAUGAGGCCGUGCCCGUUAAGGUCGAGCAGGCCUCAAGUCCGCCCUGGGUUGCUGGCGAUGACGACGACGACGACAUCGACGUGGAGAUGACCGAGGAGAGUGCCGUGCCAGCUGCUGCCGUGGCGAUCAAGACAGAGGAUGGCCCGGCAGAGGGCGUUCUUGCGGCGACCACUGCGAUCAAGACAGAAGAUGCAUCAGCAGCAGUCGUGGUAAAGACAGAGGAGUCAGAGAAGGCAGCUCUCAUCACGGACACCGUGCCUGUCAACUUGGAAGAUAUGUUUGACGACAUGGACGACGACGAGUUCUCUGGCAAAUCCGCCGAAGAUGCGCUCGCGACGACAUCGGACCUAUUGUCUCUCCGUGCGUCUGACCCAGAGGUUAUGCGUAGUUUCUACCAGCGCCUGUUCCCCUGGCGAUACCUCUUCCAGUGGCUCAACCAUAGCCCGACGCCGACCAACGAUUUUGCCCACCGCGAGUUUGCGUUUACGCUUCAGAACGAAGCGUAUCUCCGUUACCAGGCGUUCCCGACGUCUGACCUUCUUCGCAAGGACGUCCUACGCCUCUUGCCCUCGCGUUUCGAAAUUGGACCUGUCUACACUACCAACCCAGUGGACCGCAAGGCGCUUAGCAACGCAUCGGCGUUCAAGCCUCUUGCCAAGGAGCUGUGCUUUGACAUCGAUUUGACAGACUACGACGACAUCCGGACAUGCUGCGACAAGACCACAAUAUGUAUCCGCUGCUGGCAGUUCAUUACCAUGGCAGUGCGUGUCAUUGACGUGGCGCUGCGCGACGACUUCGGGUUCCAGCACAUUGUGUGGAUCUACUCCGGUCGUCGUGGUGCGCACGCUUGGGUCUGUGACAAGCGGGCACGCACACUCGACGACCAGAGGCGCCGCGCCAUUGUUGGCUACCUGGAAGUGCUGCGCGGCGGCAGCCAGGGUGGCAAGCGUGUCAAUGUACGCCGGCCACUGCACCCGCACCUGUCGCGAAGUCUUAAUGUGCUGCGCACGCACUUCCAGGAAGACGUGCUGCGCGACCAGGAUCCCUGGGCUACGGCGGAGAACGCGGAGAAGCUGCUAGGUCUGCUGUCGGACCGCAACUUGGCGGACGCGCUGCGGCGGAAGUGGGAUUCGUCACCGGGUCGGUCGUCAACGGCUAAAUGGGCCGACAUUGACGCUGUAGCCAAGACGGGCAGCGUCAAGGGGCUGGACAUGAAGCAGCUGCUGGAGAACAAGCAGGACAUUGUGCUCGAGUACACGUAUCCCCGGCUGGAUGUCAACGUCAGUAAGAAGCUCAACCAUUUGCUCAAGAGUCCGUUCGUUGUGCACCCCGGCACAGGACGGGUGUGCGUGCCAAUCGACGUGGACCGGUUGGAGGAGUUUGACCCGCUUGGGGUUCCGACAGUGCAGCAACUGCUGCAGGAGAUCGAUUCGUACCAGAAAAACGGUACCGGUGCCAGCGGAAGCGACGAGGAGCCGUCACAAGGUAACAAUGGUGACGAGAAGAAGCUGCAAGACUGGGAGAAGACCAGUUUGCGGCCGUACAUUGAGCAGUUCCGCUCAUUUGUGCUGGCACUGAUGCGGGACGAGAAGGACGUCGUUAGGGUCAAGCGGGAGCGGGAUGGGGCGACGAGCAUGGAAUUUUGA